AUGUUACCACAAAAAUUAGGAAAAGUACCUCAAAAUUUGAUUCUACCAGCAAUUCCGACCUUCAUUACUGUUUCCACCGCAACCGCUGGUGCGAUUCUUGGCACCAGGCACAUGAUAAAAUCAGAAGUUCAAAUCAUGAUCGAACUAGUUAAAUCAGAAGUUAAAAACAUGAUCGAACCAGUUAAAUUCAAGAUAGAACAGAUUUCUGAGAAAUUAGAUAAGCUUGAAGGAACCGUGAAUAAGCUUGAAGGAACUGUGGAUGUACUUAAAGUCGACAUGAAUUUUAUGAAAGGAAUUUUAUUUGCAAAAACUGAUCAAACCGGACCAACCGAACGAACUGCAAAAAGUGGAUAA